UAAAUAAAGGGACAUUACUCAAUCCACUCAUCACCAUGACAUGUCACCGGUUUGACUGAGGCAAUAUUGUUGAAAAGACUGAUUUGACUUGGUGUUCCACGUUGAGUGUUUGUGAACGACUUUGCUGGACUGUUUAUUUCUUUGAUCGUUUAACUCAAAAUUUGGUCUCAGUGCCAGGAAAAUGUCCACGAAGUCAUCAAGAAUUGGUCGCCUUGUUUGUACUUUCCUUUUUGUAUUUCAACUGUGUUUGUUAGUGGAUUGUUAUUCUCAUUCUGUAAACGUCGUGGAAAAUGUUGACCAUUUACCUGGAAGAAGAUUACUAGAUGAUCCUAAAGGGUCGGAAACAAAAGACAAGAACAAAGAUAAAGAAAAGAAAAAGACAUCUGAGGAAGAAGAGUGGUGGUCAGACGAACAUGGCAUCCUUCAUCACCUACGGAAGAGGAAAGGUGACCUUGGCUUCAUCCAUGGUUUUGUCGCCUCUUUGUCUGUCAUUAUUGUGUCGGAGCUGGGAGACAAGACUUUCUUCAUUGCUGCCAUUAUGGCAAUGCGACACUCACGUCUCACCGUCUUGACUGGAGCUCUUGGUGCUCUCAUCUUUAUGACCAUCCUCUCAGGUUUGGUCGGGUAUGCCACAACUGUGAUUCCACGGGCCUAUACUUACUACGUAUCCUCUCUGCUGUUUGCCGUGUUUGGUAUCAAGAUGUUGAAGGAAGGGUGGGCCAUGUCGCCAGACGAGGGCCAAGAGGAGUAUGAAGAAGUGCAGGCAGAUCUCAAGAAGCGUGAGGAUGAGCUCCAGAAACAGAACAUGCCAACCACCGACAUCGAGACUGGUAUUAUCCGCACCCCAGGGCGCCGCUUGCUGUCGGGACUCAUCUCCACAGUGUUACUUCAAAGUUUUACCUUGACAUUUCUAGCUGAAUGGGGAGACCGAUCUCAGAUUGCAACAAUAGUUUUAGCAGCAAGGGAGGAAAUCUGGGGGGUGUUGCUGGGAGGGUUCCUGGGUCAUGCUAUCUGCACAGGGCUGGCUGUGAUAGGAGGGAGGAUGAUUGCUCAGAGGAUAUCAGUUAGAACAGUUACUUUGAUUGGUGGUGUAGUGUUCAUCUUGUUUGCAUUCUCGGCGCUGUUUUUCGGUCCUGACGACUGAGGCUUCACAUCGAAGACAUCACAACUCUGCCCAGUAAUAUAUUAUCACUUAGCAUCAUGUUAUGUCACAACUGGCCCCGCUGCCAUCUUAUAAAGUGCUCACAAGACAGUGGAACAUAUGUAGGUGUUUGCUUGCAGAACAAGUAGGGAAUUACGCAAUUUAAUUUCUCCUAGGGAAUUGAAUAAGAACUCAUAUUUACCGAUAUAUAUUUCUAGUUUGCAAUCAGGGUGGAACAGGACCUAGUUUCCCAAAGCAGUCUUAACACGAAGAUGAACGAUAAUUCCAUCCUGUAACACAGACUUGCUGUCAUCUUAGGGUGAAGGUCGCUUGGUGGAAUCAGGUAAUGCGAAAGCUAUUUAAAUAAUAAUUGGCAA